AUGGGUACAACGAAGAUCAGUUUAUGUGUGAUUUCCCUGGGACAUGAUAGUGAUGAAGAAGCCUUCAAUACUCUUUAUUGUUCCCUUCAAACUCACUAUGAAUUUACAUUCAUCCGAAGUGCUCUUUCAAAAAGUGAAUAUCUUAUCGAUAGUUGCAAACGUAAUUCUCUGUCCGACUCAUCAGAGGUGCACAGCGAUAUUGGCAUAUCAAGUUCUGCCGGCAGGCAGCCAAUUUGGUUAAGAUUUACGAAAGAGCACAACCCGAUCAACAAUGCAUGGAGUUGUUUUCAGUCUUAUCGUGCUACUGUCGGACUGCUUGCAUUCACAUGGUGUGCUAGUCGUCAGGAAAUUGAAGCAGGCAUUAGAGAUUAUGCGAAACAUAAAAAAAUUAUGUCGGAUACACUCUUGGAGAGUCAUCUCUUCCUAUUGAUCAAACCUCUGAUUAACGAAAGUGAUUCAUUAUCAGUUGAGGAAGCAAAUUCACUUGUGGCUGAGAAAAUAAAAGAAGACUCUUUAUUACUGGGCGAAGUUACCUGUCAUCCAUCAAACCAUCUGUUUGAAGAGGAAAAUAUUCUAAAGGAUUCCGGUGUUUAUACUACCACAGAUGAAUGUUCUGUAGCUGAAAAAUCACCCAAUCCAAUUAGACCACCAUUCAUUAAUCAUCGAAUCAGUUCAGUGCUUCAGGAAUUAGUUACAACUAUUUAUUGGAGCCUAAAGAAAAUGAUCACAGCUCGAUGUUCAAGUGAUAUAAAAUUUAAGAAAAAGGAAACUCAAUCAUCUAAAGAACAAGGUGACUCUAAUGAUGAUGUUUUGAUGGCUCCGGAAGAGAAUGAAACCAAAUGGAAUAUUGUUGAUGAGGCUAAAAGAAGAGUAUUGGGUCGUACAAAUGCGUUAUCAGCUUUGUCAUCAUUCACAGAACGAUCAGGGGCAAUUAGCUCCGUUAGUGCUCAAGCUGAUGUAAGUUUUGAGUGGUUCGGAUUUAUUAAACAGAAAAGAGCAACUGGACGAUUGAAAAAGUAUUUGGUUCAGUAUAAUAUCGCUAUUGAACAUUUGAAACCGAUUGGUGAUAAUUUAUGGCUUGCUGGCGCCCUUGAAGGUCUUUGUGCUGUUGGUAUGUGUCGACAUGAUCAUUUCUCAAAUCUUAGUUCAAUGCGACCGAAAUCUAUGCAUCAACGUCCUUUAGGUGAACAUUUAUCUAAUGGUGAAUUCAGGAAAUCGCAUUCACAAGAAUCAGAUAUGUUAGAACACUCUACAUCUUCAAGUCUAGAUUUGGCCUCAUCGAAAUCUCAUCAUCCUAUUAUCAUAUCAUCUACUGAUUGCUGUAAUUAUGCUUUGGAGACAAUGGAGUUGUAUAAUAAGGUUGAAUUAAAUCCUUUUCUUUUCGAAGAGUUCAAGUUUAAGGUGAUUCGUUUACUUAUCACUGAAUCACAAAAACGUAAAGCCUGUGAAAUUCUUGAUUCAUUGAUCACAUCAUCUCUUUCCAGAUUUUGUCCAGAGGAUCCAUGUUCAGUUAAACGUUACCUGACUAUUGUUAAUUUGUAUAAAGCAAUGAAUUUUAAUCGUAAGGCUAGUUUAGCUCUUUGGCUUUUAACUGGACCGCAUAAUUUGAAUCUUGUUGACUUUGAACAUGAUACUCUAUUAACUGGUUUAAAAAUUCAAUCACCUUAUUCGCCUAAUUUUACUCAAAUACCACCGACAGAUACAAAAUUACUCAGCAAUGAUAAUGGUAAUAAUAACAAUAACUGUAAAGAGUUAAUUUAUUCACCGAAUGAAAAUCGACGUCCAUCUAGUGCUAUUUGUCGAUUAAUUACAAAUCCACCAUUAUGGAGUCCAUUGAUUGUAUUGAAUCAGGUGAAUAGUCCAACGCGUAUCACAACUGCAACCACAAGCACAUCUAAUACAACAACAGGAACACUGAUGCAUACUGGAGGCGCUGGAUUGAAUACAACAACAACAACCACAUCAUCAUCAUUAACUGGUGUAAUCAAUAAAUUUAAAUCAUUACAUUAUAUUACACGUUAUCUUAGUUCAACUUUAAACUCUCAUUUGAAUAAUUUAUAUGCAUCAAAAUCAUCAAUACAAUUUCGUUCAGUUGGUUGGUGUGAAUUACAAUUAAGUGUAAUGCAUUAUUUUAUAAAUCAGUAUAAAACAAAUAUUAAUUUAGAAGAUGCUUCAGAAAUUUCCUGGGAUAAUGGAUUAAAGCUUAUUGGGUACUGUUUCUCGGUACUUGAUAGUUGGCCUGAAUAUACAGAUGAAGCAAGUUGUAUAUCAUGCAUGGAUGAUUUAUGCCGUUUAGCUGUACUUCGUUGUCCUGACCAACCGGUUAGUGCACCUAGUAUGACUAUACUGAAUUAUCAAUCGAGUGGGGGACGUUCUAGGCGAUGGCCACGAAGUCAUCGAGUAAUGUACUCAAAUGGUUAUUAUUCUUAUUAUUCGAAUGGGAAUAAUGAAGGAAUUCAAACCAGGGCUAAUGAAAGACAAAUGUUGGACUUGGUUGAAAUACCAGUGCAUCAACUACCACUAGUUCGAUCAAUUAUUAUACCUCCAUUACCAAGUCAUUUGAUACCUCAUUCAAUUUCUAAAAAUGCAGCAGAAAGUGUAGUACCAUUAAGUAAAAGUCGUGUAGUUGUUAUUCGUGCUGACCGAAGCCAAUCCAAACAACCUGAGACAGCAUGCUCAGCAGAAUUUACUAAACCUUCUGCUGUUGAUUGGGUUUGUGAAGAACCUGGAUACAUUGAGUUAAUAGUUGAUAACAAAUUACCUAUGGAUCUAAGAAUAUCUGGUGUGCAUGUUGAAUUGAUGCCAAUCACCGGUGGAUUAACAAAAGAACCCUCUCCGAAUCGUGUAUCAUUUACAACAUCAGACUAUGAUUCAUCGUUCAGUAGUAAUACGAUGAAUGGGUGCUCGGACAAUCUAUCAAGCCUAAUUCAUUUGGAGGCAAUCUGUCUAGUUGUAGAAACGCCACAAGCAACUAAAAUUCUAUCAACAAAACAGUUGGGCACCUGUCAGUUGGAAGACACAAAAAAUCAAAAUAAAGAGAAUGGAUUUUCUGGCCAAUUGGAAAAUAAUUGUCUUUUGGAAGAAGCUGACUUACGCCGUCAAUUUCCCAAUUCUAGUGUGGAAUGCUUUUGGCGAAAAGCUACUGUAGAUGUAAACUGUAAACUGCCAUCACGUACUAAUGGAAUCAAGUUGUCUAUCGGUGUAAUUCCAACUGUAGAUAUGCUUUUUACAGGCACUUCAUCUGAUGAACCAAAUCCAUGUUCUCAAUAUAGAGUUGUUGGAAUUACUUAUCGUCUUGUAGACUGUGGUGGAAUGCGAGUAUGCCUACGACCACCAUUCAAAUAUAUUUAUUCGAUGUCUUCAUGUGGUGUUGGUGGUGGUGUUGAAUUAUUUCAUAGAGGACGUGAAAGACAUCCAAGUUGUUCAUCUUCAUCAACAUUGUCAACUGUACGUUCUUCUUGGACAUUUGGUUCAGAGCCUAUAUUUCCAUCAAAUAAUGCUUCAGGCGCCUAUGAUUUUGACAAUGAACACUUAUUAUCUAAUGUAUUAGGUAUACAAUUUUCAUUAUUACCAAUGAUUAGAUUACAACCUGCUAUGCCAAGAUUAUGUAUAUUUCCAGGUCGUAUUUGUAGUGCAUUUGAUUUAACAGAGGCUAUGAAUAUCUUGAAAGAUGAAGUGAAUGUUAAGCAUACAUGUGAUUUAACCAAGCAAAUGCACACUCUUGGUCUAUCGAAAUUUCGUGUUCCUGAUCCGUCCAAAUGGUCUAAUCGUGUAGCAGCUGUGUUAGACCUGUCCAUAUUUCCAUAUGAGACUAGAUGUCCUGACAACAUUUAUGAUUGUGAUGGUUAUUAUUGUUCACUAAAACGUCAUCUCAAUCUGCUGCAUGUCAACGUCAAGUCGGUAUCAACAAGUUUAUCAUUGUUGACUAAAUUAAACUUGACUGCAGCUGAUUUUAUCCAAUGCAUUGGUAUUGAAGACAUUCGUAGAAAGUUUCCUUUACCCGUAGAAAAUUAUGAGGUUCCAAGUUCACUGCCUAAUGAAUACUCUGAUUUUGAUGAACACUUCUUACCGUUAUACGCUACUCAUGUGGGUGUAAUUUGGUUACGAUUUGAUUCAGAUAAAUAUUGGCAGACUGUAACUAAUCGAUUGUCUACAGAUCCUGAAUUAAAUGAUCUGGUGAAAACUAUUUCCGUUCAAUCUAUUUACAUUGAAUUAGAAAUUGAAUAUGCCUUGGAUGCAGUGAUAAGAACACCGUCUUUUGAACUGAAUGAAAUAUCGUCCAGCUUUAGUCAAUCACAAGCAGCAUCAUCGUCACCACCACCAGCUGUAGCUCGUCGAAUUUCUUUAGGAUUUAAAUUAAAAUUAUUAUCAUCAAAUUGUUCUCCAUUGAAUAUGCAUGAUUUAAUGUUAACCUUUGAAGAUGAACCAUUAACAAAUGAAGAUAAUAAAAGUCGGUAUCAGUUGAAUUCAAAACUUAAUGGACAUUUAUUUGGUGAAAAAAUUCAAGCUCAAACAUUUCUGUAUGGAACUGUUGAAGCAAAUUUGUCGUAUUCAUUUCUACCUCAGUUGGUUAUGAAGCCUGAAGAUGUUUUAAAUUAUCGUCUUGAAUUAGAGUUGAAAGAAACAUGGAGUGAUAAAAAGGAAAGUUUAAAAACACCAGUUCGUCUGAGUAGUUCAUGGCUACAGUAUUCAUUACCACUGAGAAUGAAUAGUCUUUCAAGGCGUAAAUCAUCUAUCUCAACUUCAAAUGUUCCGUUUAAAUUUUCAAGUGAUGCAACAUUAUCUUCACAAAGAUCUAUUCCUUUAAAUUUUGAUUCAAAUGAAUUCGAGGGUUUAGAGAAAGUGUAUCAAAUUCGUUUACCCCUGAAUGGAAUUAGUGACUUGAUAUUUAAUAAUAAAAUGAUGAGACUAAUCAAUACAGAUCGAUUAAAAUCAAAUGAAUUAGGCAUACCAGUACCAGUGAAAAGUGAAGUACCAGGCAAUGUGUUGGAGUCAAAUAUCAAGAUAUUUUGGUUCUCGCGUUUAUAUGCACGUUGGACAUCAUCGAAAUCACCAGAAUCUUAUUCUACCAAUGAUAAUUCUAGAGAGUAUGAACAAACCAGCUUGUGUUCACGUUUUCGUCGUUAUGGUCGAAUAAUUUUAUCAUCACAUCAAUGUCAAGUAGAUCCUAAAUGGCUUCUUAAUGAGAAUCCGUCUAUCCCAUCGACUAAACCAUGGUAUGAAUAUCCAUUUCUUAAUUCUGGCUCAUCUGUUGGUCUUCUUUGGGCACAUAAUAUAUGGAUAGACAUUAGUUUGGAUCCACUUUUUGAAGAGAAAAGUCAAUCCAGAUUACGACAUAUUACCACUAAGAAACUUGAUCCUCAAAGCCAGUUAUGCUUACAAUGCCGUCAAGAGCUUCCUUCAUCACGUCAAUUGAAUAAUAAUAUGAUACGAAGAAUUUCGUCUAUAUUUAAUGAAUCACAACCAAUGGGUCAAGUAAAAAGUUAUAUAAAUGUUCGAAAAUCUGAAAUGGUUUUAGAUUCUCGAAAGAUAUCUAUGCCCGAUCUGAGAUCAUCACAGUCCGGUAAACAAAUCGAUAAAGAUGAUCUGUACACAUCAUCUCGUAUUUGUACUUAUCCGUUGAAUCCUGUUUCUGUGUCUAUCAAAUGUGGCACGAGAAGUAAUUUAUUUCGAAAUAUUCGUAUCCAAAAUGAUCCACAAGUAAUAAAUUCUGAUGGUAAUAAUACUCCUCAAGAUAAUACAUCAAAUACUUCAAAUGAGACGAUCGAUCCAACGAAUGAAUUUCGAAUAGAACGUGUAUGGAUGGGUCCAGCUGUAUAUAGACAUGUACAACACAUCAGUGAAGAUGAUUCUGAAUCAACUCAAACAACACUGUUAGGACCAUUGAUUGAAGGGAUAGACUAUGCGUUUGUUGGACAAGCAUCGGGCAGUAUUGGUAUCUCUGUCCCUCACUCGCCAUCAUCGCCUAGUCACAAACCCAAAUCUAUAGUCAGUUCUAUUGUAUUUUUACGUCCUGGAAAAUUUUGGGUUUGUGGAUUACUCGGGGUUCUACCACAGUCAUCUGAGCUAUCAAUGACAAAAGAUGGACAAAUACCUAAAGGAUUUCGUCUACCCUCAGUGCACAGUGUUGAAACAAUACGUUAUUCCCCAAAUGGUAUAUAUAUUCAUGUACUUGAUUCGUAUAUUCAUUAA